AUGAGUAAUGAAAUUAAUAAAGAACUUACUAAUUAUUUUUUGAUUAUUUUAGAUGAGCUUUGUAUUGAGAAAAGUCAAGAAACGAAUACAAUUGACAAAUUGAUUCAUCAGCAAAGUCAGAUAGGACAUAUGAAGAAGUGUCUAGUUUGCCAGACCUCUAAUAUUGAUAAUAAGAAACAAGUUUGCCCUAAAUGCCAAAAUAAAUUACCAACAAUUGCUGAGAUAAUUGAUGAACAACCUAAGACUAUAAAUGCUGCUGAAAAAUUAUCUAUCAUUUCUCCUUACAUAUUUAAACAACAAUCAGUUUUGGAAGGAUACUCCGAAAGUGAAGCCAAUGGGCCUCGUACACGUCCCAGUUUUACUGCUGAAUCACGUCGAUUCUGGGUUCAGAUAAGAAAAGCUCAAUUUGUAAAUCCAAAUGCUGAUAAUCGUAUUUUUCAAAAUCUAGGUGGAGAAUUGAUAUUAAGUGAACAAAUGAUAAGAUUUAGUGAAAUCGUGAGUAUGAAAAGAAAUGAAUUUAUUAAAGCAACAUUAAUUAAAAAAACACCUUUAGGCAUUUGGCGUCCAAUUCCCAUAACAUGUGAUAAGGCAGAACUUCAAAAAAGCGAAGGCUCUUUAAAAAAAUCAGAAAUUUUAUCUAUUAUUACCUCUUUAAUUCUUUCUUUAG